ACUGGAGGGGACACAAAACUCAAAUCCGCAGCCGUCGUUGCGAUGAUCCGACGGCCCGGCUCGCUCCAGCUGGCACGCGGCAUUCGGUCCCCGUCCGGUGACCCGAACGACCACCGUCUUCCCCACCCGUUUGAGAUCUCUUCCCCCUCCGGUCUAGACCUCGCCAGAUCGCAGCGCCGCCCCUCGCCCAUGCGAUGAAGUGCCACUCGGUGGCCGCGCUCUGGUCGCCGUCGCCGCCGUCCCACCAUGUCACCGCCGCAGCCGCCACCCCGGCUGCGCUCUUCACCGGCGCCGCCGACGGCACCAUCCUCCACUGGCCGCUCGUCCCCGCUUCGCCUUCCCCCUCCCCGCGCCCCUCCUCCCUCCUUUGCGCGCACGCCGCCGCCAUCACCUCCCUCUGCCCGCUCCCCUCCCCGGCCUUCAUCCUCGCUUCCUGCGCUGCGGGCGUGCUCUCCCUCUUCUCCGUCUCCGCCCCGCUCCGCUGCCUCCGCCGCCGCUCUCUCCCCCCUUGGGCCGGCUCCCCCUCCCUCGUCGCCCCGCUUCCCUCCUCCUGCUCAAACUCCCGCGUCGCGAUCCUCUGCCACGCUCCCGACGGAAGCGGCGGCCGCCGCCACGUGUCGGCCCUCGUGGUCGUCGACGCCCGCACCCUCGCCGUCCUGCACACGGCCUUCCACGACACACUCUCCGUCGCGCCACCGAGGGCGAUCGCGGUUUGCGGGGAUGAUGCCGUCACCGUCGUGUUGGCUGACGCGCAGGGGCGGGCGCAGGUGGUGCCCGUGGCGGUGGGCGCGGCCGUCGAUGGGGACUCGCCGAGGCGGCUCAGCGUGAGCUCGGUGUCCAGCGUCGCGUCCGUGGAGGCGGCGGACGGGGGGGUGGAGGCCGUGGCGUUGUCUCAUGAUGGCAAGGUCGUGGCAUUGCUGCUGAAGACGAGAUGUUUGUUGAAAUGCGUUGCUGAGGGAGCUUUGCUGGGUGAAAUGUCUCUGGUGGGUACUUCUCUCUGCAAGGACGAUAAGGCAGGGGAGAAGGGCUGCAUUGCUGGUGGGGUUUUUCUCCAUGGUGGGGAGUCGGAAGCCCAUGUUUCGGACGAUGGCGUUGUGGUCAGGAGCUUGGUGUUGUGGAGCAGCAAUGGUGCUGCCGUGGUGUACAGGGUCGCUGUUGGUAGCUCAUCCUUUGAGUCUGAGGCAGUGUGUGAAAUUCUUGGCAACUUGUCUAUGCACGGAGAGGGAUCAGAAAUUAAAUUUUGCCAGUCGGACCGGCAUCUUGUUAGGGUGGAGUCUCACUCCUAUAAGGUUGCUGGGUCGUUGUUGUGGAAGCCAAUAGUUUCCAUAUGGUCUAUGGAUCAUCUAGAACUGAGUACAGUGAAUAAUACACAAAACCCACCUUUGUGCAAAAUGCUUGGAGAAGGUGGCCUUCAGGGAGAAGAAUUUAGGUCAGAGCGCUCUGAUUCCCAAAAUAAUUUGGACAAUGGCAUGGAAGUGAAUUCACAGAUAUGCUCACCAGAAAGCAAUAGUUUGAAAAGGUUUGGAAGGACGGUGUCUUCAUCAAUGGUACUUUCUGAGGAUUCUUACGCUCCUUAUGCUGUAGUUUAUGGUUUCCAUAAUGGUGACAUAGAAGUUAUCCGAUUUCUUAACGUGUCGCCUGCUGCUGCAAAAUUUGGUGGUGGAGGGAUUUACCCACAUAUUUCUGAGAGGUUCUUUUUGGGGCACAAGGGAGCAAUUCUAUGUUUGGCUGCACAUUACAUGCAUGCCCACUCUGACACUAGAAACUUUCACAGAGCGCUCAUAUCAGGGAGUUUAGAUUGUACGAUACGUGUCUGGGAUCUAGAUGCUGGCACCCUUCUUUGUGUGAUGCAUCAUCAUGUCGCCUCAGUUAAGCAAAUCAUACUACCACCUGCGUCGACUCACCAUCCUUGGGACGACUGCUUCCUUUCUGUUGGAGAAGAUGGCCUUGUGGCGCUUGUUUCGCUUCAAACCAUGCGGGUUGAGAGGAUGUUUCCUGGCCACCCUGGUUAUGCAUCAAUGUUAGCUUGGGAGGGAGUAAAAGGGUACAUAGCUUGUUUAUGCCGAAAUCUCCACUCUUGCAAUGAUGCAGGUAGCAUAUUAUAUAUUUGGGAUCUGAAAACAGGUGCUCGAGACCGAAUUAUCAAAGGCACUGCUUCUCAGUCAGCGUUUGAACACUUCUGCAGGGGUAUAUCAAAAAAUGCAGUUACUGGCAGCAUCUUGGGAGGAACAACUUCGGUAUCUUCCUUACUUGUUCCAAUUUUUAAAGACACAAGCCACAUUCAGUCUCACACAAAUAAAAAGGGUCAUGAUAUUCCAUCUGUGUCCACAAACCAUCUCAAUGAAAGUACAGUUUCUGUGGGUUUAAGUGCCCCUACAACAUAUGAUUUUAAGGGGAAGGUGCAUGCUCCAGAUGAAUCACAUGAAUUACAUGGAGAUAAUUCUGUAUACCAUUCAGGAAAGGCUGUCUCAUCCCCCAGCAACCACAAAAGAACAAAGUGCCCAAUAAAGUGCUCUUGCCCCUAUCCUGGCAUUGCAAGCCUGAGAUUUGACCUCACAACAAUCAUGUCCACACAAGGCAUGACAAACAGCAAUAGUGAUAUGCAGUCGAGAGAUCAUCUCUGUAGUGAGAAUGCUAAAGGAAUAGUACAGCAUGGAACUUUAGAUAGUACUUCUGGGGUUCAUGAAAUGGAUAGUCCAUCUAGAGAGUCACUGGAAGGGUGUUUACUUCGAUUUAGCCUCUGUUUUCUGCAUUUAUGGGAUGUUGAUUGUGAACUAGACAAGUUACUUGUAGAUGAGAUGCAAGUUUGCAAGCCAGAAGGCUGCUAUAUAGCAACAGGGGUGGUAGGGGAUAGAGGCUCAUUUACAUUGAUGUUUCCAGGCAAAGAAGCCACCCUUGAGCUUUGGAAGUCUUCAUCUGAAUUUUGUGCCAUGAGGUCACUGUCUAUAGUUUCUCUUGCUCAACGCAUGAUUACAUUAUCACGUUCUUGUACAAAUGCUAGCAGUGCCUUGGCAGCAUUUUAUACAAGGCAUUUUGCUGAAAAGGUUCAGGAUAUAGAGCCUCCAUCCCUCCAGCUUCUGGUGAGCUUUUGGCAACACCCUUCUGAACAUGUGCGAAUGGCUGCACGUUCCUUAUUUCACUGUGCAGCUCCCCGUUCUGUUCCACAACCCCUACGUAUACACAAAAACAAAGCACCUGAAGUUCUCUUGUCUUCAUCAGAUAAUAUAAACAAUCUUAUCUCAGCUGUGAAGAGUGCUUCUGUAUCUAGUUAUGGACAGUUGAAGGCAGAUGGUGAAAAUAUUGACAAAGAUGAUUGUGACACUGCUAAUAUGAACUCAUGGUUGGAAUCAUUUGAAAAUCAGGAAUGGUUAUCUUGGAUAGGAGGCACAAGCCAGGAUGCAGUGGCAUCAAAUAUCAUUGUUGCGGCUGCUUUGGUUGUUUGGUAUCCAAGCAUUGUGAAAGCUAAGCUUGCAAGUUUAGUGGUUAGUCAACUAAUUAAGUUAGUUAUGUCGAUGAAUGAUCGAUACAGUUCAACUGCAGCUGAACUUCUAGCAGAGGGAAUGGAAAGCACUUGGAAAGCAUGCUUGGGUACUGACAUCACUCAUUUUAUGAGUGAUGUCCUUUUCCAAAUCGAGUGUCUAAGUACUGCACCUUCUAGUAAUGCCAUCCAUAAAACUGCAGUUGCUGUUACAAUGCGGGAGGCAUUGGUUAGCACUCUUUUACCAAGCUUGGCUAUAGCUGACGUAACUGGGUUUUUUGGUGUAAUAGAAAGCCAAAUUUGGGCUACUUCGUCUGAUUCACCUGUUCAUGUAGCUUCACUCAAAACUCUUAUCCGUGUGGUUCGAGGUGCUCCGAAGGCCUUGGCCCCUUAUCUCGACAAGGCAAUCAGCUACAUCCUACACACUAUGGAUCCAAGCAAUUUAAUUAUGCGUAAAGCUUGUAUUAUUAGUUCAAUGAUGGCUCUAAGAGAAAUGGCUCGUGUAUUUCCGAUGGUUGCUCUCAAUGAGUCGAUGACAAGAUUAGCUGUUGGUGAUGCUAUUGGAGAGAUUCAUAGUGCCACAAUUCGAGUAUAUGACAUAGAAAGUGUCACAAAGAUAAGAAUUCUUGAUGCAAGUGGACCACCAGGUCUUCCAAGCUUACUCGCAGGAUCAUCGAAUACAACAUCAACCAUACUGAUAUCAGCUUUGAGUUUCUCAACGGAUGGAGAGGGUCUGGUUGCCUUCUCAGAGAAUGGACUGAUGUUAAGAUGGUGGUCGUUAGGUACUGCCUGGUGGGAGCGGCUCAGCAGAAGCCUUACUCCUAUCCAAUGCACAAAGCUUAUCUAUGUUCCUCCGUGGGAAGGAUUUUCACCUAACUCAGCUCGCCUAAGUAUAAUUUCCAGCAUUUUAGGACAUGAUGAACAUGGAAGUUCAGAGAAAAAGACAAAGGAACUAGAUGAGGCUGAUAAUCUGAAGCUAUUGCUUCAUAAUCUUGACCUUUCAUACCGCCUUCAUUGGAUUGGCGGAAAGACUAUCAAACUUACAAGGCAUGGCCAGGGGUUGGGUACAUUUCAGUUGUGAUCAUGGCUUACCGAUGUUUCAUGAAUGUUUAUUGAGUUGCUUUGUAGUUUUGAAAGACUGCUGCACGCCUUCAGUAAAGUAUGAUCUGAAUGGCUGGCAAGCUUAACCAGAAUCAUCAUGUUGCACUCGUAUAUCAGGACUGCUAUUUACAUAGGGUGCUCAAGAGGGGACUGUUCUUUCACAACAUUGGCCUCCAAGUGCAGUAUGCUUUUGGGGAUGGCUGUGAUUCACAUGAAUUCAUGAUAUAUGCCUUCGGUAGCUGAUUGGAUAUACUUUGGAGUUUUUCCACCAACCUAAGUAUGCAUUGUGGGAAAUGUCCGAAGCUUCCCCUCAAGUUAAUUAUCAGCUCACAACUAGAAGAUUUGUACAUUGGGUUCGGGAGUCAUAUAGGCGUGCACGUUUCUUCAGGAUUGAUGCACGUGCGUGCAAAGGAUAGUUUUAGGUUGUAAUUUUUAGACAAAGUCAGCAAGGGAACAUUUCAUAAAAAAGGUUAGAGAGUAGAUAACAACCGGGUGCUUCAGCAAAAGGAAAUAUUUACAUGCACACGAACACUCGCCCUGUUUGUACAACUAUACCGAUGUAAGAACAUGCUUCACAAGAAUCAAAGAUUGUCUCACUCAGCUUGGUGUAUACUAUGCUGUAAAAGAACUUGUCUGAUAAGAAAGUUUUCGGCUUGUAAAUUGUGAGAUAGUCUAAGAUUUGGUUUUGGACGCGAAAAAUGUGCCCUGUAAGUUUAAUUCA